AUGGCCGCUAGCCACCCUGAAGAUGCACCCUCCUUGCCAUACCAUGAGCCUGGGAUAGUGACCAUUCUUAUCCAGACUUCAUUUCUGCUGCUGCUUAACGUCAUUAAUGCCGCACUUGAUCGACUUCUUUACUGCGGUCUUUUAGGACAGGUUUUAGUCGGCAUUGCCUGGGGUACGCCUGGCGCAAAAUGGCUGUCUACUAAUAUGGAAGAAACGAUUGUGCAAUUGGGAUAUCUUGGCCUAAUACUGCUUGUUUAUGAAGGAAUCAAUCAUGUCAAUCGAUUGAUUGUUGCGGAGUCUGGCUUACACACUUCAUUCCAAUCUCUGCGAGCCAAUCUGCUCCUCUCUUCUGGUGUCGCCUUUACAGGAAUCGCUAUUCCUGUGGGGCUUUCAUACACUCUCCAAGGGUUACUCAAUGCCACGCCAGUGCAGGCAUUUGCUGCAGGAGCUGCGCUAUGCUCAACGAGUCUUGGUACUACCUUCACGGUACUUGGAUCGAGUGGUCUAUCAUCCUCCCGACUAGGUGUUGUCUUAACAAGUGCAGCCAUGAUGGACGACGUCGUGGGACUGGUCAUGGUCCAGGUAAUCUCCAACCUUGGAGGCGAAAGUUUCAAUUGGGUUGUCAUUGGACGACCAAUUCUUGUCUCUAUUGCAUUUGCUAUUUUUGUACCUGUGUUAUGUCUCCUCGCUCUAAAGCCGACUACAUUACUUCUUAAUCGCUAUCGAGAAGCUCAUCCUAUGGCUUGGUUCGAUAACUUUUUGUGUAAAGCUCAAACAGCUUUCGUACUCCACACUGCACUCUUAGUUGGCCUAGUCGCCGGUGCGACAUACGCUGGGACGUCGAAUCUCUUCGCUGCCUACAUCGCUGGAGCUACCAUUAGUUGGUGGGAUUCCGAACUGCCCCAUCCCAACAUUGACAGGACCAUCUCCAGUGGGCCAGUCGUACAUCGCAAGAAGAAAACCCCGCCUGCUGGAACUUCCGAGAUUUCGUCAAAUAAACCGUCUGGCUCCGGCGACAUGCAAAACAGGCGUGCUACAUCUAGCACUGAAACUACAGUAGAAGCCAGCGAUGCUUCGAGGACAUCCAAUGAGGACCAAGACACGUCUGGACGCGCCAUCUACCAACGAUACUAUCACCACGCUGUCGCAAAGAUCUUACAACCGCUGUUCUUUGCAUCUGUUGGCUUCUCUAUCCCGAUUACCCGCAUGUUCAGAGGAGCUAUUGUAUGGAAAGGCAUAGUAUACACUAUGCUAAUGGUCCUUGCAAAACUUGUUUGCGGGCUCUGGCUCGUCAGAUUUUCAAUCGGCUCCGGCAACGGUAAGCUCAACCGUGUGAUGAAGAGUUUGAAGCUGCCUUCUAUUCCACAUUUUUGGGGCCAUAGUAGUCCGGGACCAGCUCAAACACGCCCGGGCAACUCGACAGAGAUGUCCUCUUCGAAUACGUCGAAUCACGAAACGCGUAGUUGUCCUAACCCGCCAAAACCUUUUUCUCUUCACCCUCCGCUUAUUCUUGCACUUGCGAUGUGCGCUCGAGGAGAGAUAGGUUUUCUAAUUUCUGGUGUGGCCGAGUCUAACGGAAUAUUUCUUUCGGCAAAUGACGCUUCACCAGACUCAUCGGAUAUUUUCCUGGUGGUAACAUGGGCCAUUGUUCUAUGUACUAUUAUCGGUCCACUAGGCGUUGGUCUAUCGGUCCGAAGGGUAAAAACUCUUCAGAAGAGGAGGGAUAUACAGCAAGAAGGCACUGGAAAAGAUGUACUUGGCGUUUGGGGUGUAGAGUAA